AUGCAGUUCACCGUCGCAGCCGUCGUCUCUUUCCUGGCUGCCACUGCCGCCGCCCUCCCUGCCUCCACCAACUCCACCAACUCCAGCUCCAUCCCAGACGGCACCACGUUCAACCUCCUCUCGCUUCGCUCUGCCUCCCCUGUGCACUUUUCCUACUUCCAGGCCGCUCAGCGCGGCCUGCGCGUCAAGCUUUCCGAGCAGGGCGCCAACUGCACCGGCGGUGACGAGGUCUCCAACACCCGGGCCACCUUCUACAUCAAGGACCAGGGCCUGUACCUGUACGGCCCCGAGGGCGGCGAGACCCAGCAGCUCUUCACCGAUCUGUCGGGCAUGGGCCAGGGCGUGAUCCAGUACACCACGGGCAACCAGGGCCUGCCGCGCUACGCCCAGCGCGGUCCCUUCACCAUCGACGCCGACGGCAACCUCCGCGUCGCCGGCUACGGCUUCGUCGCCUGCCCCAGCUUCGGCGAGUCUUACAGCAUCCGCGCCGGCGACGGCGGUAGCGCCGACUGCCUCGGCAUCUCGGCUCGCGUCGUCCCCAUCGCCAACCCUGGUGCUUGCGUCUACACCCAGGAGUAA